ACAUCCCGCUACCAGCUCUCGCGACCGAAUUUCUCACUCUCAUGCUCACAUCUCAAACAGAGAGUCGAAGAGAGCGCAUCAAAUCAAAACAAACUCCCAUCCCGGCGGGCGGCUUUCUGAACCGUCGGUGCACAAUGCACAUAGAGCGAACUGGGUGGGUAGGUAAACGGCAACCAACGAAACCGAGACCGAGGGCUUUUCCCACUAUUCGAGGCAAUCCCAAACGACGACGCGCCGCGAGUCUGUUUCCAGUAGUCUACCGGAGAAGGUAGAAGCUCUAGCAAGCCAAGCAAGCAGCGAAGCAAGGCACACUCCGAUCUGAUCCGGUUCAGUACAUUGCGAGAUUUGAACCAGUGCUGACGUCGGUCCGCGUGUAUCGCUCGCUAGUGUAUCGUUGUCAAGUGGUUAUUGUUUGUAUCGCGCGCGUGUGAAUCGCGUUUUCGGGGUUGUCAUCGUUACAACAAUAGGCGUCGUGUCUAGUCGUGCGGAUUGCAGGGCGCGCGGGGGAGACUCAUUUGCAUCUUUUACUACGGAGUCGAAAAAAAAGGAUUUACAUACACUAGAAAUUGCCUUGCAAAAGCGAACAGAAGCACUGUUGAAGGUGAAGUGCCGCACAACUUGAAGAAAACAAAAGUGCUUGAUGUGACGACGACUGUGGCGACGAGGUAGAUUGUGGACGUCGACGUCGCGUCGUUUGAGGUGUACGAGAGUGAUUGUUCGUGACCUUCUUGGAUGCAGCACUAACUCUCGUUCCGAGAAUAAUUCAGUGAGUAAACGGUGGGAUUUCCCAACCUGCAGCGGCGAUCGAAGCGAUGCGAAAAUAUGAUUGAAACUAUUUCGUGAGCGUGUAGCGGCAAGUGAAACUGACCGCAUUUUAGGGAUCCAACUAUACGGUAAAUACACUCGGUGGUUUGCUGGGGUGUGGUACGGAAACCCAAAACUAGACCACAGCGAAUGGUUUUUGGUUCCCGUUAGCAGCAGUGAGAUUUCUCAGCCAACAACAACGAACGACGACGUCUUCUUGCCCAAUGGCAGCGCAACCGUGAAGAGGCAGUUGUGAGGUAUAGUGGUUACAGUUAAUUCAGAGCGACUGGCUGCAUGAAUGAAACAUUAAACGUUGCUCAAAGUUAUGACAGCUGAUGGUUGGUUGCAUUGCAGCAGCCUAACCUCGAAGUAAAGAGCGCGCCAGUCACAGCGUGACAUUUAAUACACUGAAGAGCAGCUUGGUAGGCUUGGUAAAAAAAAAGAAUCAAGUAGAGUCGGCCGUCGCCGACUGUGAUUGAAUUUCAAUAACAGCAGCUUCGUCGUCGUCGUUGCGUUCAGCCUACUCUGCCUGGCUGGAGUUGUAGCAGUCGAAGUGUUAAAACAAGUUUCAUAGGGCAACAGCAGCUGUUCGGUUUCAGUGAACAACACAACGAAAGCCAUUGUGGUGCAAUGUUUUGUUGAAGUCGACAACAAAAAACGAAAUUUAUACACAACAGUGCAGAAGAAGAUCGGUGGUUUACGUUUGUAACUGAAUCCUGUCUGUGUGUCUUGUGUCGGGGAGUCCGGUUUGAAGAAAGGAAGCGGUUGUUGUCAACGCCGGCUUGGAUUAUUUGCUUACGGGUUAUUGACAAGUUGGCGAAGUUCUAGCAUCACCAUAGCUUACGAGGCGCUGUUUUUUCUCACACGCAUACCGGGAGGAACAAAUCAAGUUCAGCGGCGGUGCCAUCUGGUUUCGAACACGCGCGCUUGAACAUAUUUCCCAUUGCUGGAGUCAAUCGUUUCCACCAACAAUCGGAAACAGAUUAACUAUAUGCUACUAAGCCGUGGAAAACACAAUAUUUUAUCGCCGCAGCAGCAGCAGCAGCAGUAACGGCAGCACUCCACCCAUCUCGUGAAAUACCAUGCAGCACCGUCCGACCGACUGCAGCCGUACGAUUUAUGCUAAAUUAUCAUAAAGACUCAGCCAACCGUAACCGCGCGGGGAGAUUUAUCAGCUUGUACUAGUUUACUCCGCAGCCAGCAACUGCCGAACCAUGAUGGCCCGGGCGCUCCCAUUACUGGCGCUGUUACUCACGCACAAUUUGGCAAGUUCAUUUCCGCAGCACCACCACUACUCGGACUACGUGCUGGGCGGGGAACUGGUCAGUGGCGGCGGAGGUGGCGGCGGCGGAACCGGUGGAGGAUCUACGGGACUCAGUGGACCGGGUGGCACAGGGACCGGCGCCGGUGAACAACGAUUCACAUGUCCCGAGCCGGCCACCACCACCAGCGAUUGCACUUGCAUGUACGCUAGCUCCGAUUACGAAAUUCAAUGUCCCGUGAUUAAUCCGGAAAUUACGGUGAAAAUAAAACCUGGCAUCUACGCGCAGAUACAGUGCUACGAGAAGCAGGAGUUUAGCGACCUGCCAACGUUGAACGUCGGCAACACGACCCAGGUCAAAAUCAUCCAUUGCCCGUUGCCGCAGCGGCAGUCCAUUAAGCAGUUUAUCAAAUUCCUCGGCGUUAGGAACGUGAAGGAUUUCUGGUAUCAGAACUAUGGGAAGAAUUUGGGAGUGCGACUGAUCCGACAACACUUUGAGGGCAUGCAGGAUUUGGAGAAACUUUUCCUCAGCUCAGGAAUCGAAGACAUCCAGCCGGAUCUGUUCGCAGACCUGCCGAAUCUGAAGUGGCUCAUGCUACGAAGCAACCACGUAAAACUCCUGCACAACGUGUUUGAUAACCUAACGAACCUGGUUAUUCUUGAACUGGGAGCCAAUCAGAUCACCGAGCUUGAGCCAGGUCUGUUCAAGAAUCAACGAAAACUGCUACAUCUCAACCUGUGGCGUAACCAGCUACGAAACAUAUCCAAAGAAUCUUUCCGUGGAGCGGAAACUCUCGAAGAACUGGAUCUCUCCGUCAACGCAAUCGAAACGCUCAAUUCCGAUGUGUUCACCUUGCUUCCGAACCUCAACGUUCUGAAUCUGGGCUUCAACCGAUUUACGGUUCUACCCGAGAACCUUCUCUCCGAAAACCGUAAGCUGCGGGAGUUCAAGUUCAUCAACAACCAAGCUCCCCUACAAACCCUACCGGAAGCCUUCCUCGGAAACCUCCCGCAGCUGAAAACGGUCAUCCUGAAUCGCUGCAGCUUCACACAUCUACCACCGUCACUGUUCCGGGGUUCCAGCGACAUCACCCACAUGGAUCUGAGCUACAACCAGCUGGGAUCCGUUCCGGAGUUGCUUCUACGCGAUCAACUGCGUCUCCAAGACCUGAACCUGGCCUACAACGAACUGGAAUCGCUUCCGGAUCGUUUGCUGGAAAACACCCGAGAGCUACUCACCCUUCGGUUGUCCUACAACCGACUCUACAAUCUUACUGCAAACAUUUUCGCUUCCCUCGAUAAGUUGACCGAGCUGCACCUGAACAACAACUUCCUGCACGCAAUCGAUCGGCUCACCUUCAGCAACACCAAAGCCCUCUCGAAACUGUACAUGCAGAACAACCACCUUUCUUUCCACGACUUCACCUUCGUCCUCCAAGAGCAGGACAUCGCCGACACCGAUGGCACCCCAUUCCAAUACUUGGAAAACCUUCAAAUCCUAAACCUGCGCAACAACAGCAUCACCACCAUCUUCCGGGACUGGAACUACAACAACCUGCAUCUGCGCGAGCUCGAUCUCAGCUACAACAACAUUUCCACCCUGUCCUAUCUCGGGCUGCAGUUCCUCUCGCAGGACGUCCGCGUCAACCUAACGCACAACCGAAUCUCCGAAAUCGACCUCAAAGACAUGGAGCCCAUCAUCACGUCCCAGCGCUCGCAGGACGACAGCAAGAUCUACGUCUACGUCAACGACAACCCCCUGAACUGCAACUGCGUCAUCUUCUCGUUCGUGCAGUAUCUCCUGAACGAGCUGGACAGCGCCGUCUACCGGCGGAUCCAGUUUGUGGCCGACAAUCUACGCUGUUCGGAACCACAGAACCUCCAGGACGUCCACGUAUCCAGUCUGCAAACGAAAGACCUCUUCUGCCAGCUGGAUCAACCGGGCACGGAGAUCAAGCAUUGCCCGGCGAACUGCAGCUGCCACGUCCGACCACUCGAUCGCGGAGUGAUCGUCAACUGCACGCGCCAAGGCCUAACGGAAAUACCCGCGCUGCCGCAACCCACCAUGUUCGGGUACAACUUCAUCGAGUUGCACGUGGAGGACAACAAUAUUACCGAGCUGCCGACGGAGAAUUUGACCGGGUACGGUAAGGUCGCCGAACUGUACGCCAGGAAUAACGCGAUCCUUGAACUGGUUCCGGAGAAUCUACCGAGCAGCUUGCGGAUACUGGAUGUGACGCAGAACAAGUUCGCCAUGUUGAAUCAAUCGGUCGUCGAGGCUUUGAACGGGAGUAAAACGUUGGAGAGCCUGCACUUGUCGGGAAAUAAAUGGCGCUGCGACUGCAGCUCGGCGCAGUUCUUGAACUUUGUCCAGCAGAACCACAGGAAGAUCGCAGAUAUGGGCCAGAUAACGUGCGAAACCGGCGAAGAGUUCAGCCUGAUCACGGUGAACAGCUUGUGCAGCGAAAGCGUGACUACGGUCAUAGUCGUCAGCGUGAUCAUGUCGAUAUUGGGUCUGUUGAUAGGACUGUUCACGGUGCUGUACUUUGUGUAUCAUAUGGAGAUCAAAGUGUGGCUGUUCACGCACAACAUGUGCCUGUGGUGGGUCUCCGAAGAGGAACUGGACAAGGACAAGCUGUACGAUGCGUUCAUUUCGUACUCGCACAAGGACGAAGAGUUCAUUACGGAGCACCUGGUGCCGACCCUGGAGAAGGAACCGAUGAAUUUCAAGACGUGCUGGCACGUGAGGGACUGGAUGCCAGGUGAACUGAUUCCAACGCAGAUUGCGAAAUCCGUGGAGGACUCCCGACGAACGAUCGUCGUCCUGUCGACCAACUUCCUCGAGUCCGUCUGGGGUCGCAUGGAGUUCCGCACGGCCCAUCUAACCUCGAUGGAGGAGAAGCGUGCUCGGGUGAUCGUCAUCAUCUACGGAGACAUCGGAAGCAUCGAAGACCUGGACCCGGAGCUCAAAGCAUAUCUCAAGAUGAACACCUACGUCAAGUGGGGUGACCAGUGGUUCUGGGACAAACUACGCUACGCAAUGCCUCAUCCUCCGACCGUUAAGGGUCUCAAAGGCAAAGGUUUAAUCAAGAACCACCUGAAAAGCUCCGUCGACGACAAACUUGAACUGAUCAAACCGGUUCCGGUGACUCCCCCACAGUUGACGACUCCCCCGGCCGAAAUGAACGGACAUCCCCGAUCGCCUCCGUUCACCAUCUCCAACGGGAAGGUCGUCAACGGCAACGGUUACCACAUCAACGGACACGUGAUGAACGGUCACGCCAACGGCCACAUCAACGGAGCCUUCGUUAUCAACAGUAACGCCAAGCAGAGCGACGUAUGAAAACUGGACUGGACUGAAUACUAGCUGUUUUGAGAUUAUAGGGAAAACGCUCUUCGGAGAAAACGAUCAGAUUACAACAACCGAAUAAUGUGAUAUAAAAGACAAAAUAUCAAAGAGUACCGAAAGCAAGCAAAAUAACUUACUAUAGUAGUAUAUCUUAGGAAAACAAACACAGGCAACGACGAUUUGAGUAGAAAAUCCUAAUUACGAAAUUUAGUCUUUUCGAUCUCGAAAAUUAGAAAACGCUGAAUCUGAACUGAAACCGCGAUCUAACGAAACACUAGAGCUUCUAUGAAAAAACAAAAAUAA